UUACCGCGAAACUGGGGUCAGAAAUUCUCUCUCACAGCCAUCUUGGAUAUAGCAUCCCGAGUCGCAACCAUGCCUGGUGAAGCCACAGAAACGGUCCCAGUCACCGAGCAGGAGAUGCAGCAGCCUCAAGUGGAGACCGCUACACCUCCUGCCCCAGCUGCCUCCCAGAAACCUCAAGCAGCUUCUGGCCCUGCAAAGCCCAAAAGCAAAGAUGCAAAGAGUGCGCAGGGUUCCUCUGCCCCAAAGGCUGUCCCUGGCAGAAGAAAACGCUCCUCUCUGUCUGCCUCUUCCUCCUCUCCCACCUCCCCUAAGUCUACAUCCUCCACAACCCCCCUGACGCCCGUGCAAUCUCCCCUGGCUACCUCACCUGGCAGCUCCUCUGCUAAUCAGGCUAACCGCUUCACCCCGAAAGUUGUCAAGGCUGGUAAACGAGGAAAACCUAAGAAGGGAGAGGCAUUUGUGCCCGCUCCUCCCCCUGUGGAGUGCAAGGUCAUACCAGUACAUGAAACACCAGUAGGUGGCGAGGCGAGCCCCAAGCAAACUGUAGUUGAAGCUAAACUUGCCAUAGUUGAGCCAAACAAACCCUUCGCAGCUGCUGCAAAGCCUGUUGUAGCCCCAGUUGCUUUCAAAGUUACCUCAAAGCCUGCUGUGGCGCCUCCAGUUUCAUUUUCAGGUGCUCUUGCCUCUAGCCCUCCCGCAUCAGUUGAAGUUAAGAAAGCAUCAUCAAAACCUUUUCCUGUUAUUGCAGCUGCUGAUGAUCUACCUCCACUCAUCCCACCUGAGAAGCCAUUUAAAAAGCAAGAACCAAUACCUACUGUAGAGUUUACUAAGGUAGCUUCCAAACCAAAGACAGACAUUGAGCCCAAGUUUGUGCCUGUUGAGGUUUCCAAACCAGCUCCCAUUGAAGUCCUUAAAACAGCCCCAGCCAAAAUUGAGGCCGUUAAGACCCCUCUAAGCAAAUUUGCUCCCAUUGAGGUUAAGCCAGCUGCUGAAGCCAAACCUGCUCCCGUUGAGGUUAAGCCAUCUGCUGAAGCCAAACCUGCUCCCGUUGAGGUUAAGCCAGUUGAAGCCAAACCUGCUCCUGUUGAGGUUAAGGCUGCUAAAGCCAAACCUGCUCCCGUUGAGUUUGCUGAGCCCAAACCUACUCCCGUUAUGGUUGCCAAGCCUGCUUCUGAGCCCAAACCUGCUCCCAUUGAAGUUGCUAAGCCAGCUGCUGAACCCAAACCUACUCCCGUUAUGGUUGCCAAGCCUGCUUCUGAGCCCAAACCUGCUCCCGUUGAAGUUGCUAAGCCAGCUGCUGAACCCAAACCUGUUCCCGUUGAGGUUGCCAAGCCCAAACCUGUUCCAGUUGAGGUUGCUAAGCCAGCUGCUGAACCCAAACCUGCUCCCGUUGAGGUUGCCAAGCCCAAACCUGCUCCAGUUGAGGUAGCUAAGCCAGCUGCUGAACCCAAACCUGCUCCCGUUGAGGUUGCUGAGCCCAAACCUGCUCCCGUUGAGGUUUCUGAGCCCAAACCUACUCCCGUUGAGGUUUCUGAGCCCAAACCUGCUCCCGUUGAGGUUGCCGAGCCCAAACCUGCUCCCGCUGAGGUUGCCGAGCCCAAACCUGCUCCCGCUGAGGUUGCCGAGCCCAAACCUGUUCCCGCUGAGGUUGCUAAGCCCAAACCUGUUCCCGCUGAGGUUGCUAAGCCCAAACCUGUUCCCGCUGAGGUUGCUAAGCCCAAACCUGCUCCCACUGAGGUUGCUAAGCCCAAACCUGCUCCCGCUGAGGUUGCUAAGCCCAAACCUGCUCCCGCUGAGGUUGCUAAGCCCAAACCUGCUCCCGUUGAGGUUGCUAAGCCAGCUGCUGAGCCUAAAUCUGCUCCCGUUGAGGUUCCCAAGCCGACCCCUGUGAUGUGUCCUAAACCAGAAUUGGUUGAGGUUAAAACUGCACCUGCUGAGGUUGCCAGGCCUUCCAUACCAGCAGCUGAUAAUCCAUCUGCUCCCUUAAAACCUGCUCCAGUUGAACCUGCUGUUACUGCCCCAAUUCCCCAUAAACUCACAUUUGCUGAGGCAGUUGCGAAACCUGUCCCUGUUAAGCCCGAGGUUACGGUAAUUGGUAAAACUCCUUCUGAACCCAUCUCAUCACCCAAAACUGCCCCCACACCUGCUAAAACCCCUGUCAGGGUGGAACCUGUGAUCAAGAACGACAAGGGAUCUGGUACAGAGUCAGACAGUGAUGACUCGGUCCCUGAUCUGGAGGAACAGGACUCUGCACAGACACAGACACAGCAAGCUCAGCUUGCAGCAGCAGCCGAAAUAGACGAGGAACCUGUCAGCAAAGCCAAACAGAGCCGCAGUGAAAAGAAAGCACGAAAGGCAAUGUCAAAGCUUGGUCUCAGGCAGGUAACGGGAGUCACCAGGGUCACCAUUCGCAAGUCGAAGAACAUCUUGUUCGUCAUUACCAAACCAGACGUCUACAAGAGCCCUGCAUCAGACACGUACAUAGUCUUCGGUGAAGCUAAGAUCGAAGAUCUUUCCCAGCAAGCCCAGCUGGCUGCCGCAGAAAAAUUCAAGGUACAGGGAGAAGCUGUAUCAAACAUCCAGGAAAACACACAGACGCCAACAGUACAGGAGGAAAGCGAAGAAGAAGAGGUGGAUGAGACCGGAGUUGAGGUGAAAGACAUCGAACUCGUCAUGUCGCAAGCCAACGUGUCGCGGGCGAAGGCUGUACGUGCCCUGAAAAACAACAACAACGACAUUGUCAAUGCUAUUAUGGAGUUGACGAUGUAAUGGGACCCUCGCAACAAAGGGUUGAUGAAAGGUUGCUGAUUUAAGCUAGUUUAUACAAUUUAUACCCAAGAUGGAAAUAAAGUUGUGGCUUGAUAAAAUGAAAA